AUGUCUGGCCUCUUGAAGAAGAUUCAGACCCACUUGGUGAAGUCAAAUCCGGAAGGGUAUGAGAAGGUUCUGCAGGCGCUUCUCCCGAACUAUGGAUCGCUUUUGUCUAUUGUAACCAAGCACUUUGGACUGAAUCCCCCCACUUAUCUCCCCUAUGUCACUUUCGCCGUGAUUCUCUCCUGCGUUGCCCAGCGCAUUUCCCGAUACAUCUGGAAAGCGCUCCUCCACCUCUUCACCACCACUGUGGAGAUCAGUCCCUCUGACUGGGGGUACGACUACUACCUGUUCUGGAUGGCACGCCACAAGUCGCUCAACAAGGCCAGCGCGUUCGUCAUCCAGACCGCCGGGCGCUACGACGACAUCACCUGCAUCCCCGACGAGGACUCGCAAGACCAGGAUAUCUGCGAGCACGACGAUUGGCGCAAGACGAUCGCCCUGAUCCGCACGCGCCGCAUGCGCUACAACCCGUGCGCCGGGUCGUACUACUACCUGUACCAGGGCCGGCUGGUGAAGAUCCAACGCAUCGCUGCCCGCGACAGGCGGUACGAGGAUAUCCUGCGGGUGACGACCUUUGGCGGAAACGCCUCGUUUCACAAGCAGAUGAGCUACGAGGCGCAGAAGGCGUACAAGGAUCACGUCAGCCAGUUCACUCUGAUCCUGGAGAGCAUGAUGCAGGACGGUAAGUCGUGGUGGGCGUGGUGCAUGAAGCGGACCCCGCGCGCGAUAUCCUCGGUCAUCCUGGACGCCGGGGUGAAACAGGCCUUCCUCGAGGAUGUCCAGGAGUACCUGGACCCCAAGACCCAGCCCUGGUACAACAGCCGGGGCAUCCCCUACCGCCGGGGCUAUCUGCUGCAUGGGCCCCCUGGCACGGGCAAGUCGAGUCUGUGCUUCGCUAUCGCCGGUCACCUGGGCCUGGACCUGUACCUGCUGCACCUGUCGCAGAAGGAGCUCACGGACAACCAGCUGGCCCGGCUCUUCCGCAGCCUGCCAUUCCGGUGCAUCGUCCUCAUCGAGGACGUGGACUGCGUGACGGUCGCGCAGGAGCGCGCAGACGACGGCAGCGGCGGUGCCGGUGGCAAGGACGCAUCGACGACGACCGGGGUCACUCUCUCGGGCCUGCUCAACGCCAUCGACGGCGUCAGUGCCGGCGAGGGCCGCAUCCUGAUCAUGACCACCAACCAUGUUGAGAAGCUGGAUGCCGCACUCCGCCGCCACGGCCGCGUGGACAUGACCAUCGCCUACGGGUAUGCCCAGACCCCCGAGGUCGCGAGCCUCUUCAAGUCGAUUUACGCCUCCACGGACAUGGACACCCCGAGCUUCGCGCCGUCAGUCACGCCAGAUUCGCCGUCGCUUGACGCCCUGGCGAGCGAGUUCGCGACGCUGGUGCCCUCCGGCGAGUUCAGUGGCGCCGAAAUUCAGGGAUAUCUGCUGGCCCACAAGAAGAGCCCGCAGUUCGCCAUCCAGGGGGUCCCAGAGUGGCUGGAGAAAACAGAGGAGGUACGCAAGGGACGCAGGCCAGGCAAGGAUGAGACGACGACCGAGAAGAAGGAGGAGGAGGAGGCUGGCGCAGCGCCUGCCAAGUGCACGGAGCUGUCUGCCGCUUUUGCGGAUGCGGAGUCGGAGUCAGAUGGGAUUUUCAGUGAUUGCUCCGAGAUUGCUGCUCCCUCUUGA